CAGCUCAUGUAAAUCCAUGCUACCCAAAUGAUUAUGACGUUGCUGUGUUGCUGAAAAUGCUUCUUGCCAUGGUUCUCACCACCACAUUUUUAUCGAGGAGUAAUGGCUGCAUAAAUAUGUCAGGGAAGACACAUGCUAUAAUAUAUUAUCUCCAUGCACGUCAACUUAUCAUGUUCUCAAAUUCUUUCACUGGAUACUCUCAAUGUUAAUAGGUAAGCCAUUAUACCCUUUGGGAGGAGAGAUGAUGGAAAAAUUAAAUACAGUAAAAUGCUCCUCAAAGUUUGGUCUGAUCUCUGUUGACUUGAGAUGAAUUCGACAAGGAACAUGGCGAGAAUCUAUUUCAGUGCAAUGUGUGUUGGUUGCAUUCUACUGGGGAUUGCAUCAGUGGCCACCAUUGUUGGGUUGUGGGCAGUUCAGCUUCUUCCUUAAAUAGAACCUACUAGUGAGCCAUGGAGUGAGUACCGUCUCCCAGACACUCUGGUUCCACACUCCUACAAUGUCAGUCUCUGGCCUCAACACCAGGAAAACACUGAUGGCCUCUUUGUCUUCACUGAAAAGUACAGUGUGGUCUUCAAAUGUGUGAAGGAGACGCUUAACCUGACCUCAACAGAUAGACAUCUGGCGAGACUAUUGGCACAUGGUACCUCAGUGGUGCCCUCAAUACAGAAAACCUGGAUGGAGGAGACAACACAGUAACUUUUCAUACAGCUGAAGGACAAACUGAAACCUGGAGACUUUUAUGUGCUUUUUACAGAGUUUGUUGGGGAGCUUGCAGAUGAGCUGGCAGGGUUCUACCAGAGUGAAUACGAUGAGAAUGGAGUAAAAUUAAUUGCAACCAGCCAGAUGCAUCCCACACAUGCUCGCAAAACUUUCCCAUGUUUCGAUGAGCCUGCAAUGAGAGCGGUUUUCUGCAUUAUUCUCACCCAUGACAGAGGAACCGUGGCCCUGUCCAAUGGAAUGGAAAUUGAGAAAGCGGACACCAUUAUUGAUGGCCAAGCUGUUACGGUGACAACGUUUGAAUGCACAAAGAAAAUGUCCUCCUAUCUAUUAGCUCUGGUUGUCAUUGACUAUCCAAAUGUUACAUCAGCUGAACACACUUUGAUAAGGAUAUGGGCCCGUAAGAAAGUUAUUGAAGAUGGCCAUGGUGAUCAUGCCCUGAGUAUAACUGGACCAAUUCUCAAGUUCUUUGAGAAGUAUUACAGUGUACCAUAUUUACUUUCUAAUUCAGUCCUUAUAUUCUCGUUUUGUUGGCUGGUGUCCAUGUGGACAAAAAUUACAGUUGUUGGUACCUUCCCAAAAGACCUGGAGAUCCUCAAAGAUGUACACCGAGUUUUUGUUGUGAAUGCUCUAGCCUGCUCUCAUCCCCUGUCUUCUAAAGAGGAAGACAUUAUAAGACCAGAGCAGAUCAGUGAACAGUUUGAUGCAGUCUCUCAGCAAGGUGGUGCAUGAGAGCUGAGAAUGCUCUCAGACUUUCUCACUGAACCGUUUGUCCAAGGGCUAAAUACAUAGCUCAAGAUGUUUGCCUAACAAAACACAGUAGUUGAAGACCUGUGGAUGCAUCUUCAAACUGCAGUUAACAGGACUGGAACAGCUCUUCCCUUAAGUUUCAAAGAAAUCAUGGACCAUUAGGUUCUUCAAAUGGGCUUCCAAGUAAUCAACACCACGACAGGCCAAGUGCAGAAGCACUUCUUUCUGGAUCCUCACUCCAUAGUGGAGUGACCGUCUACAUUCAAUUAUGAAUGGAUUGUGCCCAUCAAAUGGAUGAAGGCAGAGCUGGAGCAGUCACAAUUUUGGCUCCUGGAAAGAACUGCUUUUCACAGUGAAAUGAAUACGACUGGAAAUGAGUGGGUUUUGGUGAAUCUGAACAUCACAGGAUAUUACAGAGUGAAUUAUGACACUGAUAACUGGAAGCGCCUACUAAAUCAGUUGACUGAGAAUCACACGGCCAUUCCAGUCAUCAACAGGGCUCAAAUUGUGGAUGAUGCUUUUAAUCUCACAAGGGCAAAGAUAAUUCCAAGAACUACAAAAUACUUAUUUCAAGAAAGAGAAUACAUGCCAUGGCAGUCUGCUCUCGAAAAUCUGGAUUAUUUCUACCUUAUGUUUACACAAACUGAUGUCUAUGGGCUUUUACAGAUUCACCCCAACUUGAGGUCUACAGUGUGUUGCAGUGCAAUUGCUGCAGGUGGCGCUGAGGAGUGGGACUUUGGCUGGUAGAUGUUUAAAAAUACCACCAUUGCUGUAGAAGCUGAUAAACUCAUGCCAUCCCUGGGUUGUACAAAAUAUCGCAAUCUGUUAGAAAGGUUUGCGUUAAAGAUUUCAUUCUUUGUGACCAUAUGUUAUCUUUUAAAUGCUUGUGGUAUUUAAAGAAGAUCAUUGUACAAAUGAAUAUACAAAAAACAGACAUUGGCUUGGGAGUUUGUCAGAAAGAACUGGGAGUACAUGUUAACAGAGUAUGGCAUUGGUUCAUUUAACUUUGCCAACCUUAUAAGUAACAUAACCAAAACAUUCAAAACCCAGUCAGAACUUGAGUAGCUUUUGCAGUUUAAGAGUGACAAUGCAGAGACUGGCUUUGGCUCAGGAACAGCAGCUCUGGAACAGGCUAUCGAGAGGACAAAAGCCAAUAUAAAAUGGGUGACUGAAAACCACAGAAAAUUCACAGACUGGCUUUACAUUUACAUUUAG